AUGUCAAACUUCUCAGGCUCGGGUCAUUCCAGCGUUGGAAACCCCAGUAUCUACGAAGCAGGCGAUCAGCGCAACGCCCCAUUGUCUGAGCUCCAACAGCGCGCCCGUUAUGCAGAGGGGAUGCCUCAUAGCCACAGUAACCUUGAUUCCAAGGACGGCCGCUCCAUUGCCAACAAGCUUGCCUCCCAGGAGAACAAGCCCGACUCCUCCAAGCAUCACAGCGAGAAUAACCCCGAGGCUGAGUUGAGCAAGCAAGAUCCUACCAAGCCUGCUAGGUUGCAUGGUAAUGCUCCCUCCAAGGGUGCUCAGAUUGAUGCUGAGCUCAAGGCUGAGGAUGAGCAGCGUCUGAGGGACAAGGGUAUCAAGCACUAA